AAAGAAAAACAAAUCAAACAUUGCAUCCAAUAUCUCUCAUUUCAUUCCAAGAUUUCUUCACAAACCAAAAAAUCACAAACUAUGACAGAUAAUCAGAAAAUUCAUCCACUUCAUGAUGUUCCACUUCAUGAUGUUGAAGCUCCACAACAACAUCCUUCAGCUCCUUUAGUACCAAGAAACUCUUCAAAAUCUGAUGAUCAUCAACAACAUCAACCUCUUCCUAUGCCUAAUCAUCCUAUUAGAAAUUCAAAGCCACCAAAGAAAAGAAGAAGUUGUUGUUGCAAAUUCUUUUGUUGGAUUUUCAGCAUACUAAUAAUUCUAAUCAUAGCUAUUGGCAUAGCAAUUGGAAUACUCUUCCUAGCAUUUAGACCCAAGAUUCCAAAAUACUCGGUCGACGAAUUACGUGUCACACAAUUCAAUGUCUCAGACAACAAUAGCUUAUCGGUUACGUUCAACUUAACAAUUACGGCAAGAAAUCCAAACAAAAAAAUUGGAAUUGAUUAUAGAGGUGGAAGUCACAUAAGUGCUUGGUAUAAUGAUACAAAAUUAUGUGAAGGGUCAUUACCUAAAUUUUAUCAAGGUCACAAAAAUGUUACUGUUCUUAGUAUACCUUUGAAUGGACAAACACAAAAUGCAACAGGUUUGAGAGAUUCAUUGACACAACAAUUUACACAAGUUGGUAGUGUUCCUCUUAAUUUGAAAGUUAAACAACCUGUGAGGAUUAAGUUUGGAAAAUUGAAGAUUUUUAAGAUUAAUUUCAGGGUUAGGUGUAGGAUUGUGGUUGAUAGUCUUAAUACUAAUAAUUCUAUUAGAAUUAGAAGCAGUAGUUGUAAGUUUAGGUUUAAGCUUUGAAUUCUUUAGUGCAUAUUAUGCCUAUUGAUGUUUAUUAUUAUUAUUUUUCUAUUUUUUCAUUCCUUUUAUUAUGGUAUUUUAUUUGAGAUUUCUCAUGUGAUGGUGAUGGAUUUUAGUUUCCAUCAGCAUUUUGAGAUUGAGUUACAUUUUUUGUAA